AUGCAAGUGUCCCCAAAAAUUCUGGAAUUUUGCUCUCCAUUUACCAAGCAGCAGACUCAAGAAGUGACGGUUUCUAAUGACACUUCAAGUUACUUGGCCUUCAAGGUUAAAACAACGGCUCCAAAGAUCUACUGUGUCAGACCCAAUGCCUCUACCGUUGCUCCCGGUGAGUCUGUUACUGUGCACAUCAUUCUUCAAGGUCUAGCUGAGGAGCCUGCCAUUGGCACCAAAUGUAAGGACAAGUUUCUUUUUGUCUCGGUGCCUUGUGACGAUACCGUUGAUCCUAAAUUGGUUUCCAACGAGUGGGCAUCUCUCCAAAAGGCUGUUGGUGGUUCUUCUAAAGGUAUUAAGAUGAAGGUUUCCUUUAACUACGGAGCUGCUAUCAAUCCUAUUCAAGAGGAGGAGAAAGAACCUGAGGACGCUGAGAUAUCCGAGGUUCCUGAAGUCCCUGAGCAUGCUAAGGAGACUACUUCAGAUGCUGCCGCUGCAGAUGCUGUGGCUUCGGCUGCUGCUGCUACGGGUGCCACCGCCACAACAUCUUCUACUGUUCUUCGUCAUGUCAAAGGUUCCAAGGGUUCUUCAGAUUCUACGGAAACGGAAAAGACGGAAAAGAAGGCACCUUCUUCAAUCAAUUCUGGCUCGCACACGAAGGUUGCUAGUAAUGUUCCUCCUGCUCCUAAAAGGCAAAGGAGAUCGGUUCUACCGCCUCCUGGUUCGGAAAUGGUGGAGAUAUCCUCGGCAGAGGAAAAAGAUGAUACUGAGGUUAGUGACACAGAAAGUAGUGACGAUGAGGUAGUUAUUAUUGGUUCUGAUGGCGUGUUUACGAUAGUUAUGUUUCCAGGAAGGUCAAGUACCACUUACUCUUCUCAGCAGAAGAAGAAUUCUAGUCGUCCUCAAGCGGAAUACUCUAUACAGGAGGUGUCUGCUCAAAGCUAUCCACCCCAGGGCUAUCCACCCCAGGGCUAUCCACCCCAGGGCUAUCCACCUCAGGGCUAUCCACCUCAGGGCUAUCCACCUCAGGGCUAUGAGCCGCCUCCUGCGUAUAGUGAUGAUCGACCACAAGCUGGUUCUUCAGCGGCCACCUCAAACUACGAGCGUCCUGCUUGUCCCACCCCGCAAAACUUGGUCCCAGGAAAGUUGUAUGAGAAUCAGAAUUCUAGGGCAGCCAAUACGGUAAACGGUGUGACAUACGAGAAUCCAGAUGAACCUCCCCCAAUGCCUUCUCAAUCAGUGAUGUCGUAUCAAAUCAACGGUGAAACGGUUCAGGACUUUGAGUACUCGCAGUGUAACGGAGUCAGGAAGGCUUUAUUGAUUGGGAUCAAUUAUAUUGGGACCGGCAACCAGCUAAGAGGCUGUAUCAAUGAUGCUAACAAUAUGCGACGUUUCUUAUUGACCAACGGUUAUCCCUCUGAAAACAUUGUUAUGUUGACCGAUGAUCAAAAGGAUUUCAUGAGUAUUCCUACGCGUCAAAACAUCAUCAGAGCCAUGCAGUGGCUUGUCAAGGAUGCUCGUCCCGGAGAUUCUUUAUUCUUUCAUUAUUCUGGUCAUGGUGGUCAGGAAGAUGAUUUAGAUGGUGAUGAAGCCGAUGGUAAGGACGAUUGUAUAUAUCCCGUCGACUUCAAGCAGUGCGGUUCCUUAAUCGAUGACAUCAUGCAUGAUAUAAUGGUGAGACCACUUCCGGCAGGUUGUCGUUUGACUGCUAUCUUUGACUCCUGCCACAGUGGUAGUGCACUGGAUUUACCCUUUGUUUAUCGUGCUCAGAAUGGUGGUUUGAAAGAGUAUAACGUUUGGAAGGAAAGUGGUGGAGACGCAGUGAACAUUCUGAUGGGAUAUGCCUCCAGAAACCCCAUGGAAAUGUUCAGCGGUGCGAAGAGUAUUUAUAAGCGCUUCGCUGCCAAUACAGGUGGAAAUCAGGAAGCUAUCAAGCAGCAGAAGAUGUCCGCUGCUGAUGUGAUCAUGUUUUCCGGUUGCAAAGAUUCACAAACAUCUGCAGAUGCUCAAGAGAUGGGGCAGUUCACCGGUGCUUUGAGUUUUGCUUUUAUCCAAGUGCUUUCUCAAAAUCCUAUGCAAAGUUACUUGACCCUCCUACAAAACAUUCGUGCAGUAUUGUCUACAAAGUAUACGCAGAAGCCACAGUUAUCUUCCUCUCAUCAGAUCGAUCCGAAUAUCAGAUUCAUUAUGUAA